AAGCGUAAUUAUUCUCCGCCGCCUACUUUGUUCAGAGAAGAAAGAAGAGAGAGAGAGAGAGAAAAUGGGAGGUGUAUUAUCAUCUGUGUUAGGAGGUGGUGGAGAAGAAGCAGUCGCAGGGAAUGAAUCCGAAAAUCGCGUCAUGAAGUUCAGCUCAUCGGCUCGGUGGCAGCUUCACUUCAACGAGAUCAAAGAAUCCUCCAAACUGCUGGUGGUUGACUUCUCAGCAUCCUGGUGUGGACCUUGUAGGAUGAUCGAGCCUGCCUUCAUUGCCAUGUCUGCCAAGUUCACUGAUGUUGAAUUCGUCAAAUUGGAUGUCGAUGAACUUCCCGAUGUGGCUAAAGAGUUCAACGUGACGGGGAUGCCAACUUUUGUACUGGUGAAAAAUGGUA